CCUCUCCUUCCUCAAUCCACGCACGUUAGCAAUAGGGUUCUUUCAUUUUCCCCAAAAAAAAUCCAACCCUAUUAAGUUUUUUUUUUAUUUAAACAAUCAAGAAAAGAAAAAAAGAGAAACAAAGUUUCAUGACAAAUAGUAUAUAGUUAUAGACAAAGAGAAUAAUAUAUAGGAAGAUAUAUAUCCAUGGAUGACCAGAGGCUCCAGUGGAGGAAGCCCGGCUCCUUCCUCCUCGUCGCCGGCGUGUUCCUGGCGGCGGCGGCCGCUGUGUCGAACGCCGGCAUAGGCGAGUUCGACGAGCAUUGGGAGAAGCGCAGGGCGGCGGCGGAGGCGGCGGCGGAGGAGGUGUACAAACCGGACCCCUUCAAUGUCACCAACGAGUUCAACCACGCUGUCAUCAGAUCGACGGAGCGCGGCGUUCUCCGGCGAGAGUUGAGUGGGAAGAACAGCAAGUACAAGGGGCCGUGCCUGGCGACGAACCCGAUCGACCGGUGCUGGCGCUGCCGCAAGGACUGGGCCACCGACCGGAAGCGGCUCGCCCGGUGCGCCAUGGGCUUCGGCCGCGGCGCCACCGGCGGCGUCCGCGGCAAGAUCUACGUCGUCACCGACCCCGGCGACGGCGACGCCGCCAACCCGCGCUACGGCACGCUCCGGUGGGGCGCCAUGCAGGCGGCGCCGCUGUGGAUCACCUUCGCCAAGUCCAUGGUGAUCCGCCUCACGCAGGAGCUCCUCGUCGCCAGCGACAAGACCAUCGACGGCCGCGGCGCGCAGGUGCACAUCGCGCGCGGCGGCGCCGGGAUCACCGUCCAGUUCGCCCGCAACGUGAUCAUCACCAGCCUCCACGUCCACGACGUGAAGCACAGCGACGGCGGCGCGGUCCGCGACUCGCCGACGCACAUCGGCCCCCGCACGCGGGCCGACGGCGACGGCAUCUCGCUCUUCGCCGCCACCGACGUGUGGGUGGACCACGUCUCCAUGUCCAUGUGCGAGGACGGGCUCAUCGACGUCGUGCAGGGCUCGACGGGGGUGACCAUCUCCAACAGCCACUUCACCAACCACAACGACGUCAUGCUGUUCGGCGCCAGCGACUCGUACCCGCAGGAUAAGGUGAUGCAGAUCACCGUGGCGUUCAACCACUUCGGCCGUGGGCUCGUGCAGCGGAUGCCGCGAUGCCGGUGGGGGUUCUUCCACGUCGUCAACAACGACUACACGCACUGGCUCAUGUACGCCAUCGGCGGCGGCAUGAGCCCUACCAUCCUCAGCCAGGGCAACCGAUACAUCGCCCCUCCCAACAUCGCCGCCAAACUGAUCACGAGGCACUAUGCGCCGGAGUGGGAGUGGAAGAACUGGGCGUGGCGCUCGGACGGAGACCUGUUCAUGAACGGCGCCUACUUCCAGGCGUCCAACGGCGCCAUCAACAGGAAGGUGAAGGGCUCCGACAUGGUUAAGCCCAAGCCAGGCUCCUACGUCAGGAGGCUCACACGCUUCGCCGGCGCGCUCUCCUGCCGGCCCGGCGAGCCGUGCUGAUCCGCCGGCGAGAUGACGUCACGUAGGCAUGCAGCAUGAGCGACCACGGAGAUCAUCAUCAUCAAGAAAAAAAAUAUAAUGGGGAAAGAAAAUUAAACAUUUGGACGACAUAGAAGGGUGACAAAUGGAAGGGUAGCCAGGUUAAAUUUCCUGUCCAUUUUGUCUUGAAAUUGAGUGAAUUUUGGUAUGUUCGUAUUUUCAAGAGGGGCCAGGGAUUAUCCACAACAUGUACUAUCUCUAUGUAUAAUGUAAUACAGCAUGGAUGUAACGAUUGCUCUUUGCGAUCACCAAUGACCAAAAAAAUGUAAAAUAUUGUUAA